AUGGCGACGCUCAGACUAGCUGAAUGGUCAGCCUCUUUGACACCUUCAUCCUAUCCGGCAUCCGUCCGACACGCCGCCCGACGUUCUCUGUACAACUUCAUAGGAUGCACGAUUGGCGGAUCGAAUCACCCAGCCGUAUGCAAGGCCCACAAUGCAUUGGAAGCCUUUUCCGGUCCGGAGAGCUCGCCUCUCCUGGGCACUCACCACAAGACGGAUGCUCAGCACGCCGCACUACUGAAUGGAAUAGCCUCUCACGUCCAUGACUACGACGACACGCAUUUAGCAACCAUCAUCCAUCCGACUGGACCGGUGGCCUCUGCCUUGUUAGCAUAUGCAUCAGUCUCGCAAACUCGAAUGUCCGGUGAAGAGCUGUUGUGCGCGCUCAUCGCCGGCAUUGAAACAAGCUGUAAAAUCGGCCUCGCGGUCUGGCCCACUCAUUACGACGUGGGAUGGCAUAUCACUUCUUCGACCGGAAGCAUCGGCGCCGCAGUCGCUGUUUCUAAGUCGCUGAACCUGUCCGUUGAGCAGACAGCGCAUGCCAUAGGAAUAGCAGCCACCCAGGUGACCGGACUGAGAGAAAUGUUUGGCUCCGAUACGAAGUCGUUUCAUCCUGGACGUGCGGCACAGAGCGGACUCAUGGCGGCCAUCCUCGCGGAGAAAGGGUAUACAUCUUCCGUGACAGCGCUGGAGGCGAAGAGAGGGUGGGCCAAUGUGGUGAUCGGACCAGGCGGCACUCCGCAGCUGAACAAGUACGUGGGAGAGCUUGGGAAUGUAUGGGAGGUGGAGCGAAAUGCAUUCAAGCCGUUCCCGUGUGGCAUUGUAUGCCAUCCUGCGAUCGACGGAUGCAUUCAACUUCAUCGAGAAAUGAUGGAAAAAGGCCUCAAAGUGGCCGAUAUCGAAAGGGUGGCGCAAAGAGUACACCCGCUCGUGAUCGAACUGACCAGUCGGCGGAAACCCAGAGACGGACUUGAGGGCAAAUUCUCGGUGUUUCACGGCAGUGCUGUGGGAUCGCUGUAUGGCAAAGCUGGCCCAUCUGAGUAUGCGGACGAUGUUGUAAGGCGGCAUGAGGUGAUCUCCUUACGCGACAAGAUCGAUGCCACCGCGGAUGACAGUGUGAAUCCGGACGAGGUGCGCUUGACUGCAACCUUGGAGGAUGGCAGUAAGCUGGAAAAGCAUGUAAGACACGCUGUGGGGUCACUCGAGAUGCCCAUGUCGGAUGAACAGCUUACGGAGAAGUUUGUCGACCAAUGCACGCUCGUGCUGGGUAAGGAGGGAGCGAAGCAGGCUAGCUCGAAGGCGUGGAAGAUGAGCGAAGUGGAAGAUGUGGCGAAAGCACUUGAGGAUCUGUAA